CUUGAUUCUUGACACUGAAGAUUUUAUUUUUGUUCCCUCUCUCCAACAAAAAAUAGCUUCAAGAUGUUCAACAUAAACGUGGUCAAUAAUUAUGGUACUGGUACAAAUACUCAGGCAGUGGCGCUAACUGCCCAGGGUGAAAGGCAUGUGUACUCAAUGUGUAGCUUCAGCAGCUAUCAGGAUACCCUUUAUGUCAAAUCAACCUCCGCCUAUUUUCUCGGAUGUAACAUUGAGGGUGCAGUAGAUUUUAUCUUCGGUGGUGGAACCGCAUGGUUUGAAAAAGCUAACAUUGUAGUAAAGCCACCUCGCAGCUUUGCCACGAUAACGGCGCACAAAAGAGUUCAAGCCAGCAGCCCUGCAAAAUUUGUCUUCAACCUCUCAAAUAUCGUUGGGGCACCCGGAACGAGAGCGGGCUCGGCUUAUUUGGGCCGGCCCUGGUCUGCGCUCGCCGCGGUUACGUUUCAGUUUUGCUCGCUUUCGAAUGUGGUAAACCCAGCCGGAUGGGCUGCCUGGAACCCACCACAAGAUUCUCGAACCCAAUCAGUCCAAUUUUACGAAUUUCAAAAUAGCGGACCAGGUAGUCAAGGCCGUCGUUUAUUCGGCAAGGCUUCCGUGUUACCGCUUAAAAUUGAACAAGUCUUGGGGCCGAACUUUGCUUCGUGGGCUACUUGAUUCUUUCUCGAAUUUGUUUCAUAGUAUCAUUGGACAACUUACGGAUGGACUUUGUAUUUGUUGGACAUAGCUGAGAGAAACCCCUCAUGAAUUAUAUAUCAUCAAACUGUUGUUGAAAGAUUUCAAGAUUUAUCCAGUGGGCGAUUAGGACAUUUCAAUCUUUUUCUUGUCGAAGGAGGUGGAGCGACAUGUAAUCGUAUUUUCCUCAUAAUCUAACCUUCAAAGCCUAUCUCUGUUUGCCAAGUGAGACAUGGACUUGAAUCCAUCAGGAAAAAAGAAAUUAGGAUGACGGGUGCCAC